AUGAAAAUAAAAUUUAUUUUUUUACUAAUUAUUACUUAUUUUAUCGAUAGUUUAUAUUGUUAUAUAAUUAAAAAUGUAGAUACACGAAAUAUUACAAGUGCAUACUUAAUUCAAGGUACCCAAUGUGAUUUUUAUUCUACUAUAUAUUGUUCAGUAACACAAUUGGGGGAGCAAUGUGAUACUUUAAAUUACUCAUUUCCACCAUUAAUACCAAGUGUAACAAAAAAUGGUACUACUUCAGUAUUUAACUUAAUGUGGAAAAUUCCUGUUAGUGAAACAGCAAUUUAUAUUAACUCGAUAUAUGUUUUUACUCUAAGUUGCAUACAAAUUAGUAUUGAUGAUCUAACAUUCAAACCUUUUAGUAAAGGAUAUUAUUUAGAACCCAAUAUUUAUAAAAAAAUUGUAACUUAUAGUGCUAUAUACCAAGUGCAAUUGCCAGCUAGGAAAGAUAAAACACCUUUAAAAAUUUCAGGUUCUUGUGUUGGAAUACCGGAUUGUGUAUUAGAAUGGAUAAGCGGCGAUAAAUAUAAAGUAGGAACCAAAGAAACAAUAAGUAAUAUGUAUGAUUUAUCUUCUAUAAAAGUAGCAAUCAAUAUCCAAGGUACUACUAAGGAAUUUGAUUUUGGUUCUAUAUAUAGCGAUGUUUAUGAUAGUGUUUAUGGUUUUAAAGUGUAUCAAGAAGGAAGUUUAGCUACAUCUUUUCUUUAUACAGGUGAUGUUCUUUCUUUUAAAUCCAAUACAACAGUAUACAAAACCUCAUAUUUAAUCAGUAAAAACAAUGACCCAAGAUCAUCUCAUUUUUUCCCAGUCUAUGGGGAUGGAAAUUCUACAACCUAUUUUUAUUCAGUUCCAAACUGUGAAACUGUAUCAAUUGAUGUUUAUUAUAGAAGUGGACCAAUUGUUUUAAAGAGUGAUCAAUCAUUUGAUUUUCAAAAAAGUUCAUGUGAAAAUUUUCCCGGUUUAUAUUCAAAUGGAGUUGCUAAUUCUUUGGAUCUAGGUACUAAUGGUAUUUCAAAUAUUGUAAAUAUUGGAUAUUCUGAUUCCAGAUUUAUAGUUUUCCCACCAAUUGAGGUUGAAGUUUUGGGGAUAUCAACAACUACCCAGUAUCCAUUUGGUUUUGUUUUUUCAAACUCAACAGGCUCUCAAUUUAGCUAUGACAUUCCUUACAAAAUUAUAUUGAGAAAUAGUGAUAAUUUAAUUAAAUUUAUAUCUUCAUUUGAUUCUACUGGUUCAAAUAUAAAUAUUAGAACAUUUGGCACUUAUGCUUUGGCAAGAAACCCCAAAAUUACAAAAAUAGAAGAAAUCUAUUUAAUGAAUGGUCUCUAUUUGUAUAGAUUCCAAGCUGACACAUCUUAUGGGUUUUCUUAUAUAAAAAUAAAUUCAUUAGAAAGAGUAGGUUUUGGAUCUUCCCUCAAUGGCGAUUUAUAUCAAGGAGAAUAUGAAGUAGCUACUUCAUCUUUAAUUGACAUUAUAAUUCAAAUUAGUGAUGUUUAUGAAGGAAGUGAUCAGGUUACUUAUGCUUCACUUAUUUCUAUUGAACCAGAAUUACAAAUUUUUUCAAAAAAAAAUUUUAAAGUUUUCGACGUUUUCUCAAUUAAAAAUGUAUCAUAUUUAUAUAAUGAUAUAGAUGUUUCAAAUCGUAGACAUUACAAUGUAUUCUAUUUUAAUUAUAGUGAUAUACCAAGAGAGACACUUUUUACAAUGAUACCAACUGAUUUAUCAGUUUUUUCACCAGUUUUCGAAUUUGACUUAAGAAAAGGUGUUCAUUCAUUCUAUUCGACUUAUAACACAGAUAUUCAAAUGUUUCAAAUCGAAUUUUAUAUUGAUGCAAAUGUUGGUAUGUUUGACUUUUUUUUAUUUGUAAAUGGGGUUUCUUUAAGUUCAAUGGUAUUUGAUACACAAUUAAGAGUUAAAAAUAAGGAAAUGGAUUUACAGGGACCAAUAAUUAAAUCACUCACUAAAAUCACUCCAAGUUUAAUGAAUGUAACAAAUAACUUUGAUAAAGUUGGUUUUAGAAUGACAAUUGAGGAUUCAACUAAUGGUUUUGACUAUGGCUAUGUUGUUUUCAAAGGAGCAAAAGAUUCUGGUUUAUACAAUAUUUCAUUUAAUUUUAAUGAUGUUAAACCAGGUGGCAAUAUUUUUUUAGGGGAGUAUGAUGUAUUGUUUAAUAUAUCAUAUCCUUGUACCACCCAAUCUUAUUUCGUAUGGGAAACUUUAUUGGUAGAUAAGAUGAAUAGAAGGUCGUUUUUUUCUUAUGAUCCACCAAAUCCAAAGUUAAUAGGGGCAGCUAGUCCUUACAUAAAUUAUAUUAGUAGCUCCUCCAGACAACUUAUUGUAACUUGUUCUCCAAUAUUACAACUAAUCAAAUCUCCAAUUUUAAAAUCGUUCAAAGCGUCCACUAAUGAGAUCGAUGUUAGUAAAGCAAACAGAAAUGUUACCUUUAAUUUCUCUGCAUCUGAUCCAGAAACUGGUCUAAAAUUAGAUAUGUAUCCAAUAGUUUAUCUAAGUGCUAGUCAAAACCCAAUGUUGGAAUGUAAAUCAUCAAUAGUAAAAAUGAAUAAAACCGAUGCAAGCUAUACAUGCACAAUAGAAUUACCAUUAGGUUAUGCAUAUCCAAAUCAAAUUCUUAUUUCAGUAUAUGGUUUUAUAAAUAAUUAUGCUUGCUCCAGAGGAUAUACCACCGCAGAUUUAGUGAGUGGGAAGUUUGACUAUGGCUACAUAAACACUAUUUUCCAAACUAACGACCCCGUUAUUUCAAAACACUCCAGGAUUUCAGAAAGAGGUGGUGAUUUAUUAUUAUUUGGUAGAGGUUUUUCUUCAGACUCAACUGCUUAUAUAACUUUCAAUGAUGGUACAACCAGUGUCAUUAAAGCAUCAACUUUUUAUGCCACAACAGUUAUAUUUUCAAAGGUAAGAGGAACAACAAAACCAUAUAAAGUAUAUGUUAAAUCAAAUAAUAAAGAUUCAAAUAUUUUUACAGUAGUGCCAACUAUAUAUGAUUAUGACAUACAUUUGGGACCAGUAGAACCACAAAUACCAACAGAAUCCCCAAUACCAACUAAUCAGCCACAAAAAUGCUCAGGUAAUCCAGUGUGUGGAGGUUCAAGCCAAGGAAAAUGCAUUGAAAAUCAAGGUUGCGUAUGUUUUUCACCAUGGAUCGGAAUUGAUUGUUCAUCUCAAAUUGUAAUUAUAGAUCCACCAGCAGCAAAUGAUACAUCACCAACCACAAAUAUCACAUUACCAAGUAAAGAUAGUAAAAACUCUACUGUUUCAUAUAAAUCAUUAAUCACACUGGUUUCACUUCGAGAAAUAAAUAUUUUUGGUGAUAUUGUUUUUAAUAAACCAUUUGAAACAUGGAGAGUUUCACAAUCAGAUACCAACACAUAUGUUUAUAAUUCAAAAUUAGAAAUUAUAAAGAAUAACCAAACAUCCUAUACCAAUGUAAUAGUAACAUUAAAAUGGUUUAUAAAUGAAACUACAAUAUCUUUUGCAAAUGAAGAGCUGCUAAUGAAUCCAUCAACAAUGAAGUAUACAGUGAGAAUUAGUGAUUAUCCAUUCGAUAGCGUACUAAAUCAAUUGGAAUUGGUCAUGUCAGCUGUAAUACAGUCAAAUACUACCAAGGAUAUUUGUUCUGUUAGGGAUUUUAGUGAUACAACAUCGGGUGACAAUUCAAAUUAUCUAAAGAUUCAAGUUGAUAAUCAUUCACUCUAUGGUAGAUUCAUUAAAAGAGGUAUUAUAGAUUCAACAGUUAAAUCUAUUUCAAAUGUACUACUAGAUAAACACAUGAACCCUAUAAGCACAACCAAUCAAUUACAGUCAUAUAUUGGUAUUCGAAUACCAAACUAUAAAGAAAACGUUAUUUUAGAUCCAGAUUUUUCGGUUUUAGUCGAUUCGAAUGCAGCAUCAUCCAAGUCAGGUUCAAUUUGUUCCAAUUCAUCUAAAUUAUCAAAUGCUAAAAUUGCUGGUAUAGUAUAUAAUAAAAUUAAAAAAAUUCAUACAAAAGAAUUAAAAGGUCCUUUCGCAAUACCAAUUUUAGGCAAUUUACAUCAACUUGGUAAAUAUGGAUUACCACAUCAUACAUUAACAGAAUUUCAUAAAAAAUAUGGCCCAAUUUAUAGAGUUUUUUUUGGUGAUGUUUACACUGUUGUAAUUAAUGAUCCAAAAAUAAUUAGAGAGAUAUGUAUGGAUCAUCAUGAAACUAUUGGUAGAAAUAGACCUGUAACACCAUCAUUUAGAUAUGCCCAAAAUGGUAAUGGAAUAUCAACAUCAAACGAACAGUGGCAAAGGAAUCGUGAAAUUGUACAAAAUGCAUUAAAAAGAGGUGCCUCUACUAAAAAGAUUUACGAAAUGUUGGAUGGUCAAGUAUCCGAAUUAAUCAAGUCAAUGAAGAAAUUUGAAGAAUCUGGGGAACCUUUUGAAAUUCAUCUAUAUGCCCACCGUUACACUUUGGCAACAAUGUUCAAAUAUAUUUUCAAUGAAGAUGUAGACUAUAAUCAAGAUAUUAACCAAAGCAAAAUAGCAGAGUUGAAUGGACCACUAGCAGAGAUAUUCAAAGACCUCUCAUCUGGUAAAUUAGGUGACUUUAUUUAUAUUCUUGCACCAAUCUAUUAUCUUUAUCUUUGUUUUACAGAGAAAAAUGUAAAAAAUUUAAAAAAUUAUAUGAAAGAGAAAUAUAAUCAACAUCUAUCCACUUACCAACAAGAUGACCCAAGAGAUUUAUUAGAUAUAUUAAUUAAAGAAUAUGGAAGUGAAAAAAAUCAAAUAGAUGCAAUAAUUGGGGUAAUAUUCGAUCUCUUUUUGGCAGGUAGUGAUACUGCAGCUGCAUCAAUUGAAUGGUUUACAUUAAGAAUGUGUAAUAAUUUAGAUAUUCAGGAUAAGGUUUAUAAUGAAAUUAAAAGUGUUGUUGGUGACAGGGGGUUUGUAAAGUUGACAGACAGACCUUCAACACCAUUUUUAAAUGCAGUUAUCAAAGAAUCAUUAAGAUAUUCACCAGUAGGUCCAUUUGGAUUACCCAAAUAUUGUGUCACUGAUGUAAUGGUUGGGGGUCACUUUAUUCCUAAAAAUUCGCAAAUCCUAUUUAAUUACAGAGGUUUAGGUUUUAAUGAAGAAUAUUUUGAAAAUCCUCAUCAAUUUGACCCAUUAAGAUUCCUCAAUCAAAAUAAUGAUGCUUAUAUACCUUUUGGCUUGGGUGAUAGAAAUUGUGUUGGUCAAGAUUUAGCUAGCAGUGAAUUGUACCUUGCAUUUGCAAAUAUCGUCCUAAACUUCAAUUUAACAUCUUUAGAUGGUAAACCUAUUGAUGACACCGAAAACUUUGGCCUCACACUAAAGCCAAAUAAAUUUAAAAUCAACUUAAAAUCAAGAAACUUAAAAAAUUAA